AACUUUGAAAUUCCAGAAGAACCAGAGAUGCCGGGGAAGCAGUCUCCGCUUGUUCUUAUAGUGGCCUUCUAUGAGUCCUUUCAAGUUGUGGUAAAGAUCAACCAUCACUUGGUUUUCUCGUUGGCUUUAGAAGGAAAAACAAGGGAUUCCCAGUCAUCCAGAAUGGAAUCUGAAAUUGUGCCAAAAAUUACCAGAAUGACAGUGUCUGGAAAGAAACAGUCUAUGGGAUUUGAAGUUCCAUGUGUGAUUGCUGAAGAAAAUGGCCAUGCUAACACACCUCAGAGAGGACUGUUAAGUGAAGAUGCCAGUGUAGCUUCUGGGGUACUUGAGGCAGUUUCAAAAUCUACUCUUGCGCCCCAAGUAGUGCAGGUUUCAGAAGAGCAGAAUACGGUGCCUACUCCAGUAAAAAAGUCAAGCAAGACAAAACCACAAAUAGAUGUGAAAGCAGAGUUGGAGAAGAGACAAGGAGGAAAGCAACUGCUUAAUUUGGUGGUAAUAGGACAUGUUGAUGCAGGUAAAAGUACUUUAAUGGGUCAUCUGCUCUACCUUUUGGGAAAUGUGAACAAAAGAACUAUGCACAAAUACGAACAGGAAUCUAAGAAGGCUGGCAAAGCUUCGUUUGCCUAUGCAUGGGUCUUGGAUGAAACUGGUGAAGAAAGAGAAAGGGGAGUGACAAUGGAUGUGGGUAUGACCAAGUUCGAGACAAAGACUAAAGUAAUUACACUGAUGGAUGCUCCAGGUCACAAAGACUUCAUUCCAAAUAUGAUCACAGGAGCUGCACAGGCUGAUGUGGCUAUUUUGGUUGUGGAUGCUAGCAGAGGAGAGUUUGAAGCAGGGUUUGAGACGGGUGGACAAACUCGAGAACAUGGAUUAUUAGUACGCUCUCUUGGAGUGACACAGCUAGCUGUUGCAGUCAAUAAAAUGGACCAGGUCAACUGGCAACAGGAAAGAUUUCAGGAAAUUACGAGUAAGCUUGGCCAAUUUCUUAAACAAGCUGGCUUUAAGGAAUCAGAUGUGGCUUAUAUCCCAACGAGUGGCCUCGGUGGUGAAAAUCUGGUCACAAGGGGUCAGUCAAGUGACCUCACACAGUGGUAUAAAGGAAAGUGUUUGUUAGAGCAAAUUGAUUCUUUCAAGCCACCACAGAGAUCAGUGGAUAAACCAUUUAGGUUGUGUGUUGCUGAUGUUUUUAAAGACCAAGGAUCAGGAUUCUGUGUGACUGGUAAAAUAGAAGCAGGCUAUAUUCAAGUUGGAGAACGACUUCUGGCAAUGCCUCCCAAUGAAACUUGCACUGCAAAAGGAAUCACACUGCACGAUGAACCAGUUGAUUGGGCUGCAGCGGGAGAUCACAUUAGUCUCACUUUGACCGGCAUGGAUAUCAUCAAAAUCAAUGUUGGCUGUGUAUUUUGUGAUCCGAAGGAACCAAUUAAAGUUUGCACUCGCUUCAGAGCUCGGGUUCUCAUCUUCAAUAUUGAGGUUCCAAUCACUAAAGGAUUUCCUGUGCUUUUACACUAUCAAACUGUAAGUGAACCUGCUACCGUUAGAAGACUAUUGAGUGUCCUGCACAAAAGCACUGGUGAAGUGACAAAGAAAAAACCUAAGUUCUUGACUAAAGGACAGAAUGCUUUAAUAGAACUACAAACUCAAAGACCUGUUGCUCUAGAGUUGUAUAAAGAUUUUAAAGAGCUUGGGAGGUUUAUGUUACGCUACAGUGGUUCCACUAUUGCUGCAGGAGUUGUCACAGAGAUUAAAGAAUGACAGUGGUGCCAGAACUUCCACCGUCCAAUCAAAAGUCUAUCAGAUAUCCAAACUUCCGUUUAAGAAUUCAGUUACUUCAGUUGAAGGAAGAAGUGCAAUUAAGUGGGGAGAUGAUGAUGAUGACGAAAGUUAAAUCAUGUGAGACAUCUGGGGAGCCCGUCUUCAGUCUCUCCCCCUGCAGAACAAGACACCAACUGACAAGGAACUGCUAGUGUUGCACUUCUCGAUCUCAGAAUCUCACGUGUUCUCCAUGUGGAGUUUAGCCCUUAGAGAGCUUGAUGGAAAAAUCUUAGAAAGUUGAAUUAGAGAAAAAGAUGAUGAAUCAUCAUGACUUCCAGACAUAAAUUGUUUACAUAUUUUCUUUGAUUUGCUUUUUUGCUGCACAUUAAUUCAGUAAAGUAACUUUAUUGGUCUAAUAUAUUUUUAGAUUUGAGUUGAAUGCAUAUUCAGGGAAAAGAAGAACUGUUAACUUUGGCUUCAAGAGAAUGGCAUGUAGUAUUAUCCUGGGGUUGUUUUCCCUGUCCCAAAAUUUAUUUAAAAAAAGAGAGGUUUUCUUUUGCUGUGUAGUGGAAGCUGUGCCAACAUUGGCUAAUUUUAUUUUUUAAACUGUAAGAAUAAUAAAAUAACUUUGUCUGAGCA